AUGGGAGACACCCCCUUCGUCAUGCAGGCGAGCCCUUAUCCGUACGGCAUAACGCGGCCCAUAUCCUUGAAGACGCCCACGACGGCGGAUUUGCAUCAGAGCGUUGAGCUUGUGCGAGUGCUGCGUCACAAGGGGGUGUAUGAGACAGCCGCAGGUGCACGGCAGCGAGAACUCGUGCUGGCAGAACUGAACAAGAUCGUCUCCGAGUGGAUUUAUGAAUCAGGAAUAGAGCAAGGCUUAGACCCUGCGGAAGCCAGGGAGGCGGGGGGGAAGAUCUUCACUUUUGGGUCAUACCGGUUGGGUGUAUCGACACCUGGGAGCGAUAUCGACGCGCUGUGCGUGUCUCCCAAGCAUGUUACACGGGAUGCGUUUUUUACUGUCUUCUUGGCCAAGCUGCAACAGGAUCCUAGGGUUGAAAAGAUUACACCUGUGCCGGAUGCGUACACUCCAGUGUUGAAGUUUUGCUUUUCUGGCGUGGAGAUCGACCUUCUCUUUGCACGCUUGGCUUUGCGCUGUAUCCCGAGCUCGUGGGUUGGGCUCGAGGCCGACUCCGUCCUGAAGCAUACCGAUGAAAAGACAGCAAGGAGCCUCAACGGCAAUCGUGUCGCAGACAUGAUCCUCAAGCUUGUGCCGAACAAGUCGGUCUUCAGAACGGCCUUGCGCUUCAUUAAACAGUGGGCGAAAGCGCGAGGCGUCUACAGCAACGUCUUGGGAUAUCUAGGAGGCAUCAGCUGGGCAAUACUCGUGGCGAGAUGCUGCCAACUCUACCCGAAUUUUCCUCCAAACCUUCUGAUCCAACGCUUCUUCACAGUCUACACACAGUGGUGCUGGGCCAGAAGCCCUGUCUGCCUCUGCAAGAUUAGUGAGCCUCAGCCGGCUGAGGGUCUUACAAAUUUCAGGGUGUGGAAUCCGCAACUCUACGCACAGGACCGUCAGCAUCUGCUGAAAAUCAUCACACCAGCCUUCCCAGCCAUGAACUCGACUCACAACGUCUCGCACUCAACAAAGAGGAUCAUCGGUGAAGAACUGAGCGCCGCAGCCAAACGCUUCAACGCCUGGGCUGCAGGAGGCUCUGCAUCCCCCCCCCAAACGCUUCAGUCGUGGAAGGAAGUGCUGCUCGAAACACUUACUCCUGUGGACUAUCUCGCCAUGUAUAGGCAUUUUCUUGACCUUCAAGUGCUCGCCAAAUCAGAGGCUGUGCAUCGCAAGUGGGAAGGCUGGAUCGAAUCCAAGGUGCGGCAUCUCGUUCGCUCGCUAGAAAGACUCGCGCAUAAUGCAGCCGCCUUGGGGCAGUCGAAGGAACCCCGUGCUCAGAUGGCUGUGAGGCCUCUCCCCGUCGUGUUCAAGACACAAGACCCAGACUGGCCAGAGAGUUCUUCUCUAUUGCUGGCGCUUACCUUUGCAAACCCCAAGGCUGGCGAGGCUGUCUGCGAUCUCCGUCCCGCCAUUGCCGAGUUCGUUGAGCUGAUUAACGGGUGGCCAGAUCUCUCGAAGGUUCAGGGGGCUGUGCAGAUGCGCGUACGGCAUCUCCGCCGCUCACAACUGCCCCCCUCCAUUGUGGAAGGGCUCAAGAAGCCAAUGGACGCGCAUGUGGCACUCCUGAAGCAGCUUGGCGUAGCCUCGGCUAAUGAGCAGCAGCAGCCCCUUGCGGGCACGGCUGCUGAGACGCUGAGCGGUGGCGACGGCGUGUCUGCGUCUGCUGGUGCGCACCAGCAGGGGGGGGCGGAAGGCAGGAAUUUAGCAAAGCGCAAGGCUGCAGAAAUGGGAGGCGAGACGGCCUCUGCAGGAGGAGACUUUGUGCCGCAGAAAUCGAAGAACUGA